AUGGUUCAACCUCAGGAGGUCGAUGAGAAGAAGCCGGUGGGCUAUGCGCUUGGAACAGAGGUCGAUGUCUCGAGCUCCUUUGACACCAUCACGGCUCUCAUUGCUGAAGAUCACGAACAUGAUAUCAAACUUCGGACUAUGUCCUGGCAGAAGACCGCCUGUCUGCUCGCAGGCGACCAGGUCUGCCUGGCCAUCAUGGCCCAGUCGUGGUCUCUCUCUGUGCUAGGAUGGGUGCCCGGCAUCAUCACCAUGGUUCUCUCCGGCACUCUCUUCUGGAUCACCUCCAUCACCAUGCACAAGUACAUUAUGAAACAUCCGCAAAUCAAGGACAUCUGCGACUUCGGAUACUACAUUUUUGGAAGGAACCGGGCUGCCUAUGUCUUCUCUGCAUUUAUGCUGCUUGCCAACAACAUCUUGCUCAUCGGCUUCCACGUCCUCACUGGCGCAAAGGUUCUGAAUACCUUGUCUGGCCACACGCUAUGCACUGCUGUCUUCUCCGUUAUUGUCACACUCAUGGGCAUUGUCAUGUCCCUUCCGCGAACUCUGCGCCAUGUCAGCUUCAUGUCAAUAUUUUCCUCUGCCUGCAUGGGACUCGCCAUCCUGCUCUUCCUCAUUUUCGCCGGUAUCGAGACGGCUCCUCUAUACGGAUACAACGGCAACUACCCAACGGACGGACUCGUGAAAACCUACGCAUUUCCCCUUCCAGGAACCACCUGGGUGGCCUGCAUGAACGCCGUGUUGAACAUCACCUUCCUCUGGGUUCCGCAGAUCCUUUUCCCAACCUUCAUCGCCGAGAUGGAACGGCCCCAAGACUUUCCCAAAGCCCUGGCCGUUCUAGCUGUCAUCUCGGCCAUUCUAUUCAUCGUGCCUCCGGCAAUUGGGUUCCGAUAUCUAGGCCAAUACUCCACAGCACCCGCCUUUGGCAGUCUAGGUGUGAUCUCAUACAAGAAAGCGUCCUUCGGAUUCGUGAUCGUGCCGACGCUCAUUAUCGGCGUAAUCUACGCCAAUGUUACGGCCAAAUUCAUCUAUACUCUCACAAUGGGCAAGUCUCGACAUGCGCACAGCAACACCGUUAUCGGGUGGGGUGUCUGGAUCCUGGUUAUGAUCGGCAUCUGGCUGCUUGCCUUCGUUUUCUCUGAAGUCGUGCCCAGCAUGGGUGAUUUCCUCUCUCUGCUCAGCGCGGCGUUUGAUUCUUUCUUUGGUUUCAUCUAUUUCGCCGUCGCUUACUGGCAGUUGUAUCGUGGUCAGCUGUUCUCUAGUCUAGGGCGAACGGCUGAGACUCUGCUCUAUGUUUUCAUUUUUGCUGUGGGAUUGUUCCUGCUGGGUCCCGGACUGUAUGCUGCCAUCGAGGCUAUUAUCGCCGAUUACUCGGGAUCUGUGACGCCGGCUUUUACUUGUGCUAACAUGGCUAUCUAA